UGUCAUUUUCUUUUCCUGUAGAACUUUCAUUGUUGAGGUUCCUCAGUGCUGAACUAACGAGAGGUUACUUCCUCGAACAUAACGAGGCCAAGUAUACAGAAAGAAGAGAGAGAGUAUACACUUGUUUGCGAAUACCAAGAGAAUUGGAAAAGCUCAUGGUGUUUGGGAUCUUCCUGUGCCUGGACGCAUUUCUGUACGUGUUCACCCUGCUUCCUUUACGAGUUUUCCUGGCACUAUUCAGGCUCUUCACUCUGCCUUGCUAUGGCUUAAGACCGAAGGGAGGAGCACUUUCACUUCCUUUAUAGAAUGGAAUGUGGUGUCACAGGGACUCCUUGUGAGACAGACGCUUACUUCAGCCUGCCCAGGUGUGUGACAUUUUGAAGGGUGUCAUUUUGGUCAUGUGCUAUUUUAUGAUGCACUAUGUCGACUACUCCAUGAUGUAUCACCUGAUCAGGGGGCAGUCAGUCAUCAAGCUCUACAUCAUCUACAACAUGCUGGAGGUAGCAGAUCGUCUCUUUUCAUCAUUUGGUCAAGAUAUAUUAGACGCUCUCUACUGGACAGCAACGGAGCCUAAAGAAAGAAAAAGAGCCCACAUCGGGGUGAUCCCUCAUUUCCUCAUGGCCGUCCUCUACGUCUUUUUGCAUGCAAUUCUUAUAAUGGUUCAAGCAACAACUCUCAAUGUAGCUUUUAAUUCACACAACAAGUCACUGCUUACUAUCAUGAUGUCUAAUAAUUUUGUUGAAAUUAAAGGAAGUGUUUUCAAGAAGUUUGAAAAGAACAAUCUUUUUCAAAUGUCUAAUAGUGAUAUUAAGGAACGAUUCACAAAUUAUGUGCUUUUGCUAAUAGUGUGUCUGAGAAACAUGGAACAGUUUUCUUGGAAUCCAGAUCAUCUCUGGGUGUUAUUUCCAGAUGUUUGUAUGGUGAUCGCAUCAGAAAUUGCUGUGGAUAUUGUAAAACAUGCCUUUAUCACCAAGUUCAAUGACAUUACUGCAGAUGUCUACAGUGAAUACAGAGCCAGCCUUGCUUUUGACCUCGUUAGCAGUCGGCAGAAAAAUGCCUAUACCGAUUACAGUGACUCUGUGGCACGGAGGAUGGGCUUCAUCCCUCUCCCACUAGCUGUUUUACUCAUCAGAGUUGUAACAAGCUCAAUUAAAGUACAAGGAAUCCUGUCAUAUGCCUGUGUCAUACUCUUCUAUUUUGGGUUGAUAUCCCUGAAAGUGCUUAACAGCGUCGUGCUGCUGGGAAAGUCGUGCCAGUACGUGAGGGGGGCCAAGAUGGAGGAGAAGCUGUUCGACCCGCCCCCCAGCAGCGCGCCCGGCAAGCCGUCCAGCAAGUCGCAGAGCAAACGCAAACCCUCCCAAGAAGAAAACCUGUCUGCCUCAGUUACCAGCCAGCCUGUCCAUCAGAAGGAAAACGUCAUACCCUUACUCGUGACGAGCAAUUCCGAUCAGUUUUUGACAACUCCAGAUGGUGAUGAGAAGGACAUAACGCAAGAAAACUCUGAAUUAAAACACAGAUCCUCAAAGAAAGAUUUGUUGGAGAUAGACAGGUUCACAAUCUGCGGAAACCGGAUUGACUGAAUUCUGAGGCUCCCUGUGCUGAGCGCCGAGGCCUGGGGCAGCCAGGCUGUGCUACCGGGACAGACAGAUGCUAAAAGUGGCACUUAAAUAUUUAUUUAAAAACUUAAAUUAUUAACGGAAAGCAAAUCUUAAUAUCUUUCUUCCAGUAACGUGGUCUGGCUGAAGGUCAGGUCACGGGACAGCAGCGACCUCCGGCCUUGACUGUCUGGGAAUUUCCUUCUGCUCGGAGAAGCAGCGGUCACUUCCGGGCCUGACGGGGACAACCUCAGAAUCACUUUUGCUCUGUCAGUUCGUGCUUCCAGAACAUCGAUUUCUGCCUCAAGGUCUCUUGGGUAUGAGGAUACAUACCUGGAAAACUGUGAAGCUUCUACCAUGACUUUACCUUCCUGUCUCAUACUGUUUUCACAAACAGUUUUCAUACUCUACUUCAUCUGCCAAAGCGUUAAAAAAAAAUAAUUACACUUAAGUCAAGAUAAAUGUUCUUACCACCAGAAUUAUCCUUGAAGAUGUAUCUGAAUUAAUCAGAAUAAAAGGCUACCUUAAAUAAA